CCCACCCAUCAGAAAACACUCCCGCUCAAAUGUAAACUCCUCUAGUAGGUACACACUUCUGCUUUCAAUACUCUGUAACAAUACAACUGAAGACCAGGGCUUUAAAACAAAGACUUUUUCAUGUUUUACUACAUCAUGGAUGGGCCACUGUCUCAAUGAACACAAAUGCGGCGUCAAUGAAAUACAGCGGAUUAUCUUCACUUCGAAAACAAAUAAGGACUGAAAUUUUUUGUAAAAAGAAGUGUAAGAAAAAAGACACAAAAAGGAAAAUGUUUUGGGUUAAUGCUUCUGGUUGGCCAACACAUCUACACUGAGAUGACUACAAUGGAUCUCAGGCAAACUCAUUGCUGGAAAAUCACUGAGAACAGUAGAUCGGGUUUGCAUUAUUGGACUUGACAAGAGAGAGGGGUUUGAAGGUGUGCGCAGCUUAGCAGAAUGUUCAUGAAUUGCAGAAGGGUGAAAAAAUGGCAUUUUCUACAGCUUGUCUCAAUGUGCUGUGUGAUGUCAAUCCUCAUGGUUUGCUGGGACCACGUGGACCACCAUGUCGUGAGCCACGUGAAGUCGUACUCCUACCGCUACCUGAUCAACAGCUAUGACUUCAUCAACAAGAGCCUCAGCGUCAGCCCGGAGGAAGCCGCUAGGUUUGGAAGUUUCCCAUAUUUGCUAAACAACGAGGACAUUUGUAAAGACAAAGACGUGCUGCUGCUGCUCUUUGUGAAAUCCUCUCCAGCAAACUUCAAAAGACGGCAGGCCAUUCGCUCCACCUGGGGCAACGAGUCCUACAUAAAUGACGAGCUGGGUGUUACCGUGAAGGUAGUGUUUGCUAUGGGGGCUCACCCUGCCGUGCCCUCUAAUAAUAAGUUGCCGCAGAAAGAAUUGCAGAAGCAAUUGCACAGGGAGCACAUAAACCACGGUGACCUGGUUCAGCAGAACUUCCUUGACACAUUUCACAACCUUACAGUGAAACUGUUACUUCAGUUCCGCUGGACGCAUGAAAACUGUGCCCAUGCCCACUUCCUCAUGACUGCGGAUGACGAUGUUUUCAUUCAUUUGCCCAAUCUGGUGCGCUACCUUCAGGACCUCAGAAGACAGAAUGUGCGCAACCUCUGGGUCGGCCAUGUGCACAGGGGGGCGCCUCCCAUUCGCCGCAGGGACAGCAAGUACUACAUGUCCUUUGACAUGUACCAGUGGUCAUCCUACCCAGACUACACCGCUGGGGCUGGGUAUGUGGUCUCUGGCGAUGUGGCAGCCAAAAUCUAUCAGGCCAUGCUGUCUCUUAAUGCCUCUAUGCAUAUCGAUGACGUCUUCAUGGGUAUCUGUGCCAUUGCAGCGGGAGUCUCGCCUCAGGAACAUGUUUACUUCUCGGGGGAGGGGAAAACGCCCUAUCACCCGUGCAUCUAUGAAAAAAUGAUCACCUCUCAUGGACACGAGGGAGAUAUCAGGUAUCUGUGGAAGGUUGCGACCGCCCCACAGGUAGAAGGUAUUUCGUCUGGAUUGGUGGGAAAACUGUAUUGUACAGCUGUGAAAAUGACGCUGCUUUGUAAGCCGUACUUUACAAACACGUAUUCAUGCAUGGCAGCAUUUACAUAAUGCACUGUGAAGUCCGAGCAGUAUUUCAUUUUUUUUGUUGUCGUUUACUUUUGCUUUAAAUGUUAAAUAUUGUGACCUAAUAAAGGUAAAAGGUAUGUGUACUAA